AAAAAUACAUUAAAAUGUUCUUGUGUCCCUUUUAGAAAGGAGGAAAUGUGUCGCAUUAGAGGUGAGCUUAAUUCUAUACACAGGAUAGAAACAAUUUGGUGCUUUUCCCUACUUAACCCCCCACUUCCCCAACCUGGCACCCUCCCCCCAAUUAUAUUGGAUUACAACCCCCAUCCCUCCCCCCUGACAGCCACUAACUGGGAGCAGAACAGCAGGAGACCCAGUGUGUGCCUCGAGGGUUGGAAUAGAACCAGGCCAUGGAAGCCCACUGACUCUUAGCCGAGCCUACCUCACAGGGUGGUUGUUACAGGAAUAAAAAUGUAGGGAAGAUGGGGCAUAAAUUUCGCAAACCAGUGGAGUCAUAGUAGCAUAUCUGGAAAAGAUCAGGUUGAACAAGAGUGUUGUGCUUUUUCCUGCAUGGAUUGAUUUUGGAUUUAAAAAAAACAAAACUUUUGAAAGUAUACGUGAUGUACCCUGAGUGGGAUAGUUGAAUCCUUUAUUUACUCUUUCGUUUUACCACCUGAGAAGCCGAGUCAGGAUGUCCUAACCACUCAAAUAGUAAGCAAGCUCUGUUAAGCAAUCCUCCUCACUGCAAUUCUGGAACAUAACAAAUUCCACUUAGCUCGCUGAUCUUUGCCAGAAUCAUCGUAAUCCGAAGGAACCAGGGGCCCACCAGAAAGUGGCCAGUGGCCAACAGAGGUGCCAUUGGACCUUCUCUCCCUUGCCCGGCCCAGCCCAGCAGAGGCUACUGUGGCAGAGUGCUGGAAAGCGUUUGGCCCGAGAGAUCAGAAAAAACACACACCAGGCAUUCCUGUAAAAAUAAGUGUAUUUACAGAAAGCAUAAACAGGUUCCAUACCCAGAAAUCCUGGAGAAGCUCAAAAGCUUGCUUAAACGUAUUUACAAUCUCAUGCAUUCACAUGCGCAGAGCUGUGAGCAGAAACGAGCUGCUGCUGCUGCUGCUGCUGCUGCUGCUGGGCUAAAACAGAAACUCAAAACUUUCUGGUGGCAAGCUUCCCCUUAGGCAAUGAGCAGCUUAUUUGGUAAUCCUUUUCGCACCCCAACCUGAGGACAAGUCUGAUCUCACCCUGCCAGAGUGAUUUUUUACCGUAGUGACCUUACUCCUUGAUAACAACCGGAAAUAUGAACACUCACCUUUGUUAUGUUAAGGAGUAAGCUGCAGACCAAUUUUCUCUGUCAACUCUCUGUGUCUUGGUACAGCAAGAGGCUUGGUUAAUAUAUCAGCCAUCGUAUCUUUUGAUUCACAAUAUUUUAACAUUAUUUCCCCUUUGGCUAUCAGGUCUUUGAUAUAUUGAUAUCUGAUAUCUAUGUGUUUUGUCCUAUUCUUGCAAGCUUCAGAUUUUGCCAUUGCAAUGCAAGCUUGAUUAUCCUCAUAAACAGUUACAGGCUGGUUCACUUCCAUGCCUAUGUCUUUUAACAACUGUUUAAACCAUACAACCUCGUUACAGGUUUGUACUAGGGAAUAAAACUCUGCUUCUGCAGUGGAAAGAGCAAUGGGUGUUUGCUUUCUAGAAUGCCAGCCUAAGCUUGACCCAGCAAAUUGAAUUAAAAUCCCAGAAGUGGAUUUCCUGUCACUGAGAUCUGCAUUUUACUCUAUUGGCUUAACAGGAAGUUACCAUCCUUCUCCCUGUGUAUUUCCAAGCCUAGGUAAUUGGUUACUGUUCCAAGGCUUUUUGAUGUGAAAUGGCUUUUCAUGCAGGCUUCAAAAUCAAGCCUUUGUUUUUCUGUUGGUGUGAACAGCAGCAAAUCAUCAACAUAAAUGCACAGAUACAUACAGCCUUGUUUGUCUUUCCUAACAUAUACACAUUGAUCUGCUUUUCCUUUUACAAAACCAAAACUGCAGUUUUUCAUCUAAUUUUUGGUUUCAGGAUCUAGCAGCUUGUUUUAACCCAUAGAUUGACUUCUGCAGUUCACAGACUAGAUUCUCCCCUUUUUCAUAGCCAGGGGGUUGCUGCAUGUAUAAUUUGUGGUCUAAAUCACCAUGGAGAAAUGCAGUUUGAAUGUCAUAGUGGUGAACUGACAUUCCUUUGAGUGCAGUAAUUUUUAGCAGUAACCUAAUUGAUUCAGUAACCUUUAGUAACAGGUGCAAAAGUCUUAUCAAAAUCUAAAUCUUUCCUUUGAGUGAACCCUUUUGCAACCAACCUUGCUUUAUAUUUUUGGAUUUUGCCAUCAGCAUCCCUUUUCAGUUUGAAAACCCACCUACAACCUAGACAGCGUUCAUUGGGAGGUAGAUUUACCAGCUAACAUGUUUUAUUUCAAGGAUGCUAACUCCUGUUGCAUGGCAGAAUGCCAAUUUUGUGCAAUCUCAGGUGGUAAAGCAUUCACUUGUUCUAAGGACUCAGGUUCUGUGAAUAUGUGCAAAGCCUUUACUGUUUCAGCCUGAAAGCGUGAUGGAGGAACGCCUUUAUUGCUUCUCUGAGAUCUGCAAGGUAAUACAGGGCUUAAAUUUUGACUCCUACCACUUUCCUGAGAAGCAUCUGUCUCAUCAGACAGAUCUUCAGUUUGCUUUUCUGGUUUAAUGUCCUCAUCAGGCAAAAGAUCACCAUCAGCAAGUCCUUGCUGUUCUCUUGUGGUGGUCAGAUCAACUGGAGAGCUAGAAUUUAAUCUCCCCCAGUUUUGUUCAGCAAAAGAAGCGCUUUUGCUAAUUAUCAAUUUCUCUCCCACUAUGAACCUGUAGCUCCUUUGGCUUUGUUCAUAGCCAACAAAGAUGGCUUUCUUUGUUGUGGGGCCUCCUUUCCUUCUCUGUUGUUUUGGAAUAUGAACCCAAGCAGUGCUACCAAACACUCUAAGACGGUUUACCUUUGGUUUCACACCAUAAAACAAAUGGAAUGGAGUGUCCUGAAUCACAGAGUUAUACAAUCUGUUUUGUACCUAACAGGCAGUAGAUAUUGCCUCUCCCCAAUACUUAAAAGAUAAAUGUGAAUCUUUAAGCAUGCAUUACAUCGCAUUUUGCAAGGUUCUGCCCUUUCUUUCAGCAAGACCAUUUUGCUGAGGGGUGUAAGGGUUAGAAAGAAUUUGUUCUAUCCCCUUUUCCACUAGGAACCUUUGAAUUUAUGAGAAAGGUAUUCUCCUCCUCUGUCACACUGAAGUGCAGAUACAGGCCUAGGGAAUUUUCCAUUUGCCCAUGUCACAAAACUUUUAAAUUUCUCAAAUGCCUCAUCUUUAUGUUUUAAGGUGUAGAUAAAUGUGUAUCUUGAGAAAUCAUCAAUGAUGGUCAUUGCAUACCUUGCUUGUCCAAGACUUGGAGCAAAAGGACCAAUAAUGUCAGAAUGUACAAUUUCUAGUGGUCUAGUUGUAACCCUGUCACUGUGCUUACUCACAGGAGCUUUUUGUGUUUUGCACUCUGCAAACUACACAGUCUAAGUAUUUAUCACAGGGUUUCAGUUUUAGGUCAGCACACAGCUGUGGCAUUUGUGCUAAAUAUCUGAAAUUAGCAUGACCAAAUCUCCUGUGCAUCAGGUGUACACAUUGGUCAUGAUAUGGCGUGUUGCCAACUGCAGCCUUGCAGCUUGGCUUCCUUGCAUUUUGCACAAUGUACAAGGAGUCUUUUAACAUACCAGUAGCACACAAUUUCCCAUUUCUACAUAUCUCACAACCAUUUUUCUUAAAUGUUAUGACAUACCCUGUUGCAGCCAAUUGUGCCACAGAUAAAAGGUUUGAUUGCAAAUUUGGCACAUACAACACACCUUUUACAGUUUCUCCUAAGCAGGAUAAAUACAAGUCACCUUGUCCCAUAAUUUUGGUCACAGACCCAUCAGCCAAAGAUACACUUUGUCUUUCAGUUUUAGACAGUGACACAAAAGAGCUUUUACAAUUACAUAAAUGACAACUGGCCCCAGAAUCUAACACCCAUACAUCAGAAUUACCCUUCUCAGCAACCUGUGCAAUGUGGGUUGUCUGAAGAGCCUUCUUCUGUGUUGCCCUUGUGUUCUUCUUCUCUGUCUUUCUACUCUUGGGUCUCAAGGCACAGUCUUUCUGCAAAUGUCCAGCUGAACCACAGCUUCUCGCUUCCGAGGCUUCUUAGGCUGGUGGGGCGCAGAGGAGCGGCGGAAGGGGAGGCUGCCGGAGCCGAAUGGGAGCACGCCAGCCUGGGGGGGGGGCAAGACCCUGAAGGGCGGGCAGGGAAGGGUGGAUGCUUGCCCGCCCCAAGGACAGCAAGCACAGCACAGGGGGGCGGACCCCGGAGGGGGAAGGCGGGCAAACACAGAGAGGGAGAAGCAGCCAGAGGCCAGGGAAGCAGGGCGAGCCCCCAGCCAUAGGCGCACGGGAGGGAAGGAGGGAGGGCAAGGAGCCGGAACCGGAGACAAGCGAGGCUCCGGCGGGGGGAGGAAGGGGGGUCGGCAGCUCUUAGUCUAGCGGCUGCAGCCUCUCCCGCCCGGCCGACCGGUUGGCCAGAAUCUUCCUCAAAGAGUGUGAUUUCGGUUAACAAGGAUUUUCCUUGAAAAGUUAAAACAUUUGAGCAUUUGAGCCAGGUUCUCAGAUUACGUUAAGUUAUGGGUUUUUAAAUCAUUUUUUAAAAUCUAUCACAAUGACUGGGUUCCUAUAAAACAUGAAGCCCAAGUACAUGGGUGAAGCUGGCGAGGCAGGAACUAGCAGGUCUGCAGACAGGCUGACGGGCUCCGUCAGCAUUACGCAGAGGCCUCUCAGCCUUGAGGCGGUGAAGAGAGUUGCCAAAUUUCCAUUGACCUGAAAAGUUGGGAGGAAAGACGUGCAUAGCUUGGUCCUCACCUGCAAUAGGACAGUCCAGCCGGGUUAUGCCUGCGAGCUGCUGUAAGCACGUUCUUGCAUGUGGGCUAAGCGUCUGGAAAGCUGAGAUUUAUUGCUGUGUCUCCCAUGAGGCCUGUGAGUUACGGCUUGGUGCUCUGAGCCCAACCGUUGAUCUGGGGGGUCUCGGGAGCUGAAAUCCAGAGCUGCUGAUUAUCCAGCCGCUGCCUAAGAAUUCCCACGAGCCUCAGCCCAUCACAAAAAAUGUCAUUUACCGAAUUGCUCUUAGCAGUGAUACAUUUUUCCUAACGCCAUCCAGUAACAAACCAGGAGAUCUGAUCCUCCUCCUCGGGGUAGCCGAACACAAGACUUCGCCACCUCCGGCUUUAUUAGCUCUCAGACAAAACAAGCUAGUCAACCAUCUCCUAGGCUAGCUUGUUGGCAACCCAAUUAAUACGGUUAACGUAUGAAACCUUGAAUCUCUAGGAUUUCCUCAAAACGGGAGCGGCCCCUUUACAGCUUGAUCACAUUUCUUUUCUUGAGUUGCCCAGUAUUGUUUGCACUCAGUCACUGUGAUGGUUGCCUUAUUCAGAAAAAACACAGACUCACCAGCCAGGGCUCAGGAUAUCUGGUUUAUUGAGAAUAGGAUGCAGACACGGAGAAAGACGGGAAUGAGCACAUGGCGUGCGAGGUAGCCGGUAAAUACCCGCGGUGCGGACCUGAUCCUUCCCCACCCCCCAUUGUCCCAAAGUCCUGACCGACGGUGAACCCGGAGUCUCGAUGGGCGAUCAGGGAUUAGCGCUGAUUACCUCUGUCCUCUUCCUGUGUCCGGAGCAGGUGUGUCCCCCGUGGUAAUGCAGAGUUGUCAGGGAGAUAGGAUGACGGCUUCCCGGGUCAGGGCAAAGGUAUGGCUCCUUUGUCCUUUAUCUGUAUUGUCUCUCAGUCUUAUGGGAUUAGCACUGAUUCUUUCCUCCCCCCUCCCCUUCACCGGAAAGGCAUGUUCCCCGUUGUGAUGUAUGUAUACAUCGCAACGGGGGACAUGACGGUCACUGAAACUGUCAGGCUUUAUCCAGCCUCAUGGUGUGCGGCUGUAAUAACGGGCUGAAGAAUAAAACCCACGGUUUUUUGUUCCAAUAUUUUUAUGCAGUGCUUUGCAGCCUGGGCAACGCUAAGCUGUGAUGUAACAACGUGACCCAAUCAUCCUUUCACUGUCUAAUGUUGGUGGAUCUUUCUAGAACAGCCAUAAGUGUGACGCUGUGCUCAUUCUCCACCUUGUCCUCUCUCAGCUCCUUGCCAUCCGGACAAGGAGCAGCAUUUCUUUACGGCAGAUCAAAGCGCAGCAAGCUUUUAAGGCAAGGGUUUCAAACUUUCAGGCUGCGGAACCUGUUAGCUGAAAAAGAAAAAAAUGCCGGAAUCCUUGAUCAAGAGGCAAAGAACUAGUGAUAGACAAUUGGCAAUAAAAUGAAAUAUAAACCUUUAUAGUAAAUGCAAAAUUAACCUUUCCAGUGUACAAAAAAAAUGCAACUUGAAUUUUACAGUUAUUGGGGAGGUGAAUGUUUUAACCAAACAGAUCAAUGCUUUGAUAUGACUUCCUCUUCCUUUUCACAGUCUCACUUAGAAAGAAAUUGUAUCCUUUCAGCGCAAAGCAGGAUGUCCGUUUUGUGGGGAUCCAUCAGCUACUCCGAGGGUUCUCCGAGAGCUUGCUUGCUUAUUUAUUUAUUUAUAUUUUACAGCACAUGUUUUAUUUUUUGGUUCAUUAUUGUAAACCAUGAAGAGCUCUGGGUAAUAAAUCCAACAAAUAAACAAACAUGGUUGAGUCAAUAAGCACGGUUAAAGAAACCACGGCUUAGCAUGAUGCAUAAAGGAGGCCUCUGUCUUUCAGAGAGUCUUGAAAGGACCACCGGCUGCUAUGCGUCAGGAGGCGGCACAGGCUCGUUUUGGAGCCCAGGUGGAUCCGGUGGGGUUGAGCUCUGCUUCGCUUGCAAUGGGGAACAGAGGUCCCAGCUUCUAGAGGCAGUUCAGCUGAUGGAAGCAACGUGGGGAAGCAGCGUGUCUCCCACGUGGAACAUCAGGCUUGCUCUCUGCUCUCAUCCAAAGGACCCUCGUCUGCCGGAGCUGCCCCUCUGGAGAGGCCCACCUUCCUGAGACGGACCUGCUGGGCAGAGGGAAGACGGCCGUUCUCCGCGUCGCUCCCGGACAAUGGAGGGCCGUCCUCCGGUGGCUAUGAAGCGACACGGUGACGUCAGCUCUGUGCUCUGGGACGAAGCACUCCAGCGGGCGCACACGUCCCUCGGUGGACAGCUUCGCCAGUUGGAGGAACAGAACCGUCAGUUCCUCAAAGAAAAUGGGGAGAUGAAGGAAGGGGUGAGCAGACGUCGGAGAGCUGCCAAGAACCGCCAAGAGGACGGUCCAGGGACACCCCCUCUGGGGGCUCGGGGAUGGCUGGGAGCACCCACCGGAGGCCUCCAGGAUGGCAAAGACCGACACGCUCAGCCGCCCACCUCGGGCGUGGGAGGGAGCAGGGAGCGUGGCAUCUGCGUGGCAUCCACUCACUCCGAGAGCUGCCUGGGGACUGGACGGCUCCCAGCAUCUGUGGCCAGCCCCAGGAAGAGGGGCUGUCAGACCCUCCGGUCAAAGGUUCAGAGAACCCCCUUCUUGGAGCAUCUUCCACCUGUCUCCCACCGGUGCGAACAGACUGCCUGUCGCCAGAUGGGAGGGGGUGCUCGAUUGGAGUGCGAACUGAAUUGUUAUGGUUAGCGGCUUAUUGCCACCCCAAGGCCAUGCAAGCAGAGAACAUCAGAAGGGCCAUCUGGCAUGGGAAGGGGGGUGGCAUGCUUUAGUGGGUAAAGGGGUAAGAGGGCAAUUUAGAGAAUGUAGUUUUAAAUGUUAGUUUGAGCGGGAAUUGGGCGUUCACAGCUUUCUCCCUGUGCUGGUCGUUUCGCUUCAUUAAAACAGUAGAAAGA